UUUGGGCUCAAGUCAUAUCAAUUUACCACUGAAUCACCAGUCCAGACUAUCUCAAGUUCUAUAUCUAGCUAUUACAAUGGCAAUCUCUAAAGUCACAUCAGCCAUCGUCGUUCUCACAAUAUUGCAGGCAAUAAGCUGUACUUUUACAGCUAUCCACGUAAACGAGGCACUCUACAGCGGCUUUAAAGUUAUACAAAAUAUCAAUAAGCAAUUGAAAACGUCAAUUGAAAAUGAAUUCGGCCAGGAAGAAAGUACAACUGUUAAAGCUGUAUGCCCAUUACUCGACAGACAAAGAGAGCUGAAGCAGUUCAUUUCUUCAGGCCUAGGGAAAGCAGCAAACAUGACUGAAAUAGAAGCUACUCUAAUUAUACUUGACCACGUUCUCAAUGACACAUGCAACUGGAUUAAAUCACUUCCAAAUUUAUCAAAUUUUGUGUGCUCAGAUCAAGACUAUAGUGGACUCGAAUCAUUCUGCAUAAAGCAAGAGAUAGCUGAUACAGUACCAAUUAGCUUCACUCGAUAUAUAUUUGACAUAUAUGGUAACAAUCACUCAGGAGUACAACCAUUUCAUGCAGAAUAUCACCUUAAAUGGAUCAACGAGUCUGAAUUCAGCUCAGAUGAAACACUAUCUGCUCUUCAACACUUUAAUGACUACAAGACAAAUUGCGACAAAACAGAAGAACAAAAAAUUGUUUGCUCUGAACUAUUUUAGUAACUCAUCAAUAAUUAUUUUUUAAUAUUUAUUUACAUCAUUCACUUCUCCAAUUCCCUUAUAAUAUUAUAAUAGCAUUGAUAAUAAUGAUUUAAAAAUA